AUGGCUCCUGGUGGGGGCUCCAGAAGACAAUCAGAUGAUGAACAGGAUGGUAAUGGUGAGCAAAGGCCAUCUUAUCAAAGAGCCAAUAGUGUAGACGAAGUAUCGGGGCAAGCACCUGCCAUUGUCACCACCUUUUUAGGCGAAUGUUUUUGUGCAGAUGGCCUCCCUGUUCCACAAGAACUGAUUGAAAAUCAAAGAAGAGUCAAUAAGGAAGUGGCUCGUGUCAUUCGUGACAUUGGAGAUCGUUUAGCGAAUGAUACCACUUUGAACAAUUUGAUAUCACAAGUAGUUGUCUCCAAAGACACUGCUUUUGAUACAUUUCUUCAAGUUGGGGCUCAGAUAUUUAAGAGGCUGUCUCUCUUAUUUCCACCCGGUCAAUUUUGCGUCAAAAAUAAUUUUGCCUGAAACUCUGUUAACAGAAAGACUUUACCUAGGAAAGAACUAAAUUAGAUUUGAUUUGAUUCGAAAUAAUUUUCUGACUGCAUUACGGGCCAUAAUUAUUUCCCAGUCCGUAGGGACCGUCGCAACGUCUCGAAAAUUGAAAAAUAGGCAUAUUUUGUAACGUUGUAAAAUAUUUGAUUCGCAUAGUUAAGCUACCGAAUUUAUAUCAGAUUGCUUAAAAACCUUUCUAGUUUGCCAAGAAAGUUAGAAUUUGCCCUCUCAACAUAUUUGAAAAGGCGAAUUUUAGCAUAUUUUGACCACUAGAAAUCGCCAUCGGCCGAUGGCCGUAAAUAACCUUGAUUUAGACGCUAAGUUUUGGGAUUUGGGACCUGGUUGACGAUUCUAUCCUACACAGCCGUUAAGUUUAGACCUUUAUAGGCAAAAAUAUGCAAAAACCCCUGUACGUUUUCGAUUUUUCAAAAGUUAUGACCGUUUGAAUCAGCACAUGUACGAGCAUUCGCGAUUUUUUCGCCUACACCAAAAUCGAACCACUGGAGCAGAUUUCGUCAUAAAUACAGCUUACCCGCUUUGCAGCCCGGCUUCAUGGCUCACUUCAGAGUUUUUCUAAUAACCAAAUUGGUGAAAUCCAUGAUAACUUCAACAAAUAGCUAGGUAUUGCCUUCGAAAAGUAGGCGGCAUCCAUCGUGAUUCGUGGUAUCAAAACAAAUGCCGGAAUUGGCCACAUUUCGCGGUGAAUCACCCAUUUAACAUCGCUGCAGAGCUGAAUUUUUUCCAAAAUCAGAAUAUAAACUCUCCAUGUCUGGAAGCUGAGGGAGAAAUGAAGGUUUUAGGCUUCUGAAGUGAAGAAAUAAUCGCUUAAAUUUAGAUCCAGUUCGAUGUUAUACUGUUCUCACAAAGGUCCGCACAAAAGAGAAGACCGCUGAUAGCUUGUGCCGUACAUUGCGCCAUAUGGUUUUGUUUUGUAUCCCAAAGUAAUAUUUGGGCAGAAAAAUUUUGGAUGAAAAGAAUAAAUGCUUUUACCUGGAGUUUGAUAUCAUAUAAUUAAUAAAUCAAUUUCAAAUAUCCUGAGCUUGCUUCUCCUUCGGUUCCGCGUCGAUUGUGUCCACAGAACAGCAACCUGUCAAUAGCCGGAGAAAUCAUGGGUUUAUGUGAAAUUUCAGAUAUUCCUCGCUUCCCAAACUGGUGAACUGGACUUUAUGAUAACUCCAGCAAACACCUCCAAAAUUCAGCGGUCGGCAUCUGUCGAUACUCUUCUUUGACUCGUUGUUGCGAACUAAACUCGAAAACUAAAGCCAUGUUUCGCGCUUAAUGUCCCGUUGAAACUUUGGAUUGCAGCUGCAUUCUCUUCAAGAAUCAGUCAUAGAACUCCACUUGUAAGUCUAUGUGUCGAAGUUUGGCGUUUUGGAAUUUAAAGCUGAACGAUUGCACUAUCGCGCAUAACAGAGGUCCGCAUUAAUCAUUGCGGGUGAACCCGCUAACCCUUUAUUUUUUUUGGAAGGCCUGCAAGUGUAGUAUGGCAUGCAAGUGCUUUUUCGAAACCAGAGAGGCUUCAGUCUGUAGCGAGUCUUCAGCGAGGUUGUUAAAGCUUUCAUUGGACAGAGGAUACGCAUUGACGAAACACCCAGUGAAGGGAACAACAGCUGCAGUAAGAAUAGUAGACGAAUCAAAGAACACUCUCUGUAUAAAUAAGAUUGAGCAUUUUAGUAGCUUCCACAACUUCGAUUCGAAUAUGGAGAUAUCGGUCUGAGAGUUUGGAAAUGUUAUGGCAUCGGUAAAGGGAAGUACAUUCCAUAUGACGUAAUUUAUAUCAAGCACCAAGGUCAAACGUCCCUUCAAACCAUAGAAUCUCAAGGGUUUUAUGAUCCUCCUGAAAAGCGUGUGGUCAAGCGUCGUUCAAAGGGCAGCAAGGAAACAGAGAGUACAACGCCAUUGUUUGAAUGCUCUGUGUUUGGAUGCGUUGAAGUGUUCGAAACCUUUUCGCAGCUGGAGCUGCACCUGGACGUUGGAAAGCAUACAGUUAGCAGGUUAAAGCCAGUAUGAUGCAAUCAAAAGGGACUGGGCCCUUAAGUUCUCGUCGAUAGAUACCGCUGGUAUCGAGUGUUCGAGCUGUUCGUUAGAUUCUAGUACACCACUCACUUCUCCCGUGGAUACUUCGCCCCACUCGUCUUUACGAACAGGAUGGGCCGUAAGCAAACCAAGGGGCAGCGUUAGAUUUUCAGAGAAGGUAAAAGAAUACCUAACGGCACGGUUUAAACUUGGAGAAAGAACUGGGCGAAAGGCCGACCCCGCCCAAGUUGCAGUGGACAUGCGAAAUGCGAAAAAUGAAUCAAAUGCACGUUUGUUCACUAGAGAACAGUGGCUGACAAAGAACCAAGUUCAGAGCUUUUUCUCCCGGCUAGCAGCAAUGCAGCGAAAAGAUCAGGGUGUGAUCGGGAUAUCACUGGAUAAGGAGGAAGAUAUCCAAUGCGUCCAGGAAAAUUCCGAGAGAUAAGAUCUGGUAGGCAAAGUUAACAAAGAGAUCAAAGUCUCACAUCCAAUCUGCUACGAUACGUAGGACCUCUGUGAACGUUACCACAAUAACACACUUCAGAAAUUCAAUGUGGUUUUGUUGAGAGCCAUCUGUAGUCAUUUUGAGAUCCCUGUAAAAUUGAGAGACAAAAAACAGAUCCUCAUAGACAAACUGUCGGACGUGAUUAGUGAUUGUCAGUGUGUUUCUCAGUAGACUUAUGUAAACAAUGUCUUAUACGGUGGCUGAAAGUGUAGAAUAUGCUCUACAGAUACAAACUACCUUUACUUCCGAUAUCAAGUUCUGACGGCGUUGUUAUAGUGUAAUAUAUUAUAAUAUCUAGUAGUCAGUGAAAUGUUUUGAUGAAAUCGAUUGAAAAUUUACCAAAAGCAACACUUAUAACAUCUGUUCAUACGAAGCAUGUGUCAAGUUUUUAACACGUUGGCAGCCGAUUUCUCGGGCUAUUGACAGGUUGCUGUUCUGUGGACACAAUCGACGCGGAACCGAAGGAGAAGCAAGCUCAGGAUAUUUGAAAUUGAUUUAUUAAUUAUAUGAUAUCAAACUCCAGGUAAAAGCAUUUAUUCUUUUCAUCCAAAAUUUUUCUGCCCAAAUAUUACUUUGGGAUACAAAACAAAACCAUAUGGCGCAAUGUACGGCACAAGCUAUCAGCGGUCUUCUCUUUUGUGCGGACCUUUGUGAGAACAGUAUAACAUCGAACUGGAUCUAAAUUUAAGCGAUUAUUUCUUCACUUCAGAAGCCUAAAACCUUCAUUUCUCCCUCAGCUUCCAGACAUGAAGAGUUUAUAUUCUGAUUUUGCAAAAAAUUCAGCUCUGCAGCGAUGUUAAAUGGGUGAUUCACCGCGAAAUGUGGCCAAUUCCGGCAUUUGUUUUGAUACCACGAAUCAGGAUGGAUGCCGCCUACUUUUCGAAGGCAAUACCUAGCUAUUUGUUGAAGUUAUCAUGGAUUUCACCAAUUUGGUUAUUAGAAAAACUCUGAAGUGAGCCAUGAAGCCGGGCUGCAAAGCGGGUAAGCUGUAUGUAUGACGAAAUCUGCUCCAGUGGUUCGAUUUUGGUGUAGGCGAAAAAAUCGCGAAUGCUCGUACAUGUGCUGAUUCAAACGGUCAUAACUUUUGAAAAAUCGAAAACGUAGGGGUUUUUGCAUAUUUUUGCCUAUAAAGGUCUAAACUUAACGGCUGUGUAGGAUAGAAUCGUCAACCAGGUCCCAAAUCCCAAAACUUAGCGUCUAAAUCAAGGUUAUUUACGGCCAUCGGCCGAUGGCGAUUUCUAGUGGUCAAAAUAUGCUAAAAUUCGCCUUUUCAAAUAUGUUGAGAGGGCAAAUUCUAACUUUCUUGGCAAACUAGAAAGGUUUUUAAGCAAUCUGAUAUAAAUUCGGUAGCUUAACUAUGCGAAUCAAAUAUUUUACAACGUUACAAAAUAUGCCUAUUUUUCAAUUUUCGAGACGUUGCGACGGUCCCUACGGACUGGGAAAUAAUUAUGGCCCGUAAUGCAGUCAGAAAAUUAUUUCGAAUCAAACCAAAUCUAAUUUAGUUCUUUCCUAGGUAAAGUCUUUCUGUUAACAGAGUUUCAGGCAAAAUUAUUUUUGACGCAAAAUUGACCGGGUGGAAAUAAGAGAGACAGCCUCUUAACGAUGGUAGAGUAAAUUGGGGACGAAUAGUGACUCUUUUCUACUUUGGCUACGUAGCAUUACAAGUCAUCAACCAAAUACCACUCAUCAUAUUGGGUGGGUGUGUGAAUUUAUCAAGGACCGCUUGGCCAAGUGGAUUUUUGAACAAGGAGGAUGGGUGAGUCUUGGUUUGUUUUUGGUUUUUUUAAUCCAGUAUGAAUGUCUGCCAUAUGAAAAAUGUCUGUAUGGUUUUCACUCAGCAUUUACCAGUUUUGUGAGAUUAUUAACAAGUAGGGAAAGUUUGUAAUCCAGUGAGGCAUUUAUUCUUUAAUUUAAUACACUGCUAUCAGCUAAUGUUUGUGCAGUUUGUUGUAAAAAAAAAAACAAAAAACAAAACAAAAAAAAACUCUACAGGCAUAUAUUAAAGUUCAGUUAAAGUUCAGUUCAGUUCUACAGGCAUCUUGCGCACCUUGUCAUGUCAGAGAAUAUUGCUUAUAGCAUUGCCAUGUACCCAGCUGUUGUUACUGAUGUCUUGGAAUUGAAGCUAUUGAUAAUAGCAGUAUGGCAUAAGAUGCUGUUCCAAAAUGGCAAAACAAUACAUAAACCCUGCUGAUUCCCAGAAGUGAUUAACAUGUUAUGUCUCCUCAUAAUAUCUGUAUAUUGUCCAGCCAAUAAGUAAUGAGAAUACUCAAACUUAUCAAGAAGUUAUCUUGAUCUAACAUGAAAUUCUCAUAACUAAUUUACAAGGAAAUGUGUAGCAGUUAGAGGGGAGGAUUAGCAAUCAGAUCUGGGGAGUUAAAAGGGUUAAAUCUUUAUAAAUCUUGCAUAACUUUCAUUUGUGAAAUUUUAGUUCUCCCACUCAAAACUAAUGUAAAGCUCCUUUUUUUCUCCACACCUGUUUCAAGUACUGUAUCUUUUGUGCUCUUAUCAAAAAGCUCUUUCCUUUUUGCAGGAAUCUGUGGUUGAUUACUUCAAGGCUUUGAGAAAGAUUGAGGCACGAUGUUGAGGUUUACUUUAGUCUUCAGCUGUAUCUGUGCUCUCAGCUUUUACCUGUUAUAUUGUAAACAGUAGUCGAUCAUCAACGAGGAAGGUCUCAGACAGUAAAAUGAUAUUUCUGUUUAGCCUUUGCAACAAAUUUCACUUUGUGAAUGUGAAAUAUUUUGUAAUUUACAUUGCUUUAAGGUUUGAGAGACAGUUAAGAAAGUACCUGCUGGCAUACCCCAUGCUUUUAAUGAUUUAUUUUUAAACACUUAUGGAUGUGUGCCAUAAGAUCUUAGAAUCACAAGACAGAUGUUGAUUGUAAUAUUAUUAUAACCAAAAUUGUAAAUUAAAUGUUAAUUACUAGUAUAGCCUCAUUAGCUGAUAUGAUUCCAUAGGGACGACUGAUUGUCAAGAAAAUUACAGUAUUUUUACUUUCGAGCAGAAUAAUGGCACUGGUGAUUGUAUCUUUCUUUGACCCUUUCACUCCCAGCAGUGACUAAGACAUAAUUUCUCCUUAGAGCAUGAACACAAUUCAAGCAGCCAUGUAAAGAGAAUUGCAAAAAAUAGUAAUUGGUGGAUUAUCAUUUGCUCCAACACCAAAUUCUCAAAAGAAACUUAAUAUGAAAUAUAUAGCCUGCAGCAGACAGUAAGGUGAAUUUUUAUCAAGAUAUUGAGAGUGAAAGAGUUAACUGAAUACCCAGAAAUGUCAGUCAGUUUCUUUGUGGCCACAACGAAGAAAUUCUUGAGUAUUGUCUGA